GAGGCGGAGCUUCUUCCGAAAGAAGGUUCUGGAAGAGCAGCAGAAAGGGAGGUACAGGGUUACACACGGUGGAAUCCAUUUGUUUCUGAAUCAGGCGAGAAUGGUGAAGGAAACUGGGUUUUAUGACAUGCUUGGGGUCAAACCCAGUGCUACCCCAGAUGAGCUGAAAAAAGCCUACAGAAAACUGGCACUGAAGUACCACCCAGACAAAAAUCCUACGGAGGGAGAGAAGUUCAAGCAGAUUUCGCAGGCAUACGAAGUCCUGUCAGAUGCCCAAAAGAGAGAGGUUUAUGACCGUGGAGGGGAGAAGGCCAUCAAAGAGGGUGGCACCGGAGGAGGUGGGGGCUUCAGCUCCCCAAUGGACAUUUUUGAUAUGUUCUUCGGCGGAGGAAGAAUGCAUAGAGAAAGGAAAGGGAAGAACUUGGUUCACCAGCUGAUCGUGUCUCUUGAUGAACUCUACAAUGGUGCCACCAGAAAGCUGAUCAUCCAGAAGAAUGUAAUCUGCGAUCGCUGUCAAGGGCGAGGAGGCAGAAGAGGGGCAGUGGAGACCUGCCCGUCUUGCCGUGGCUCAGGCAUGCAGGUGAGGCUACGCCAAAUUGGACCAGGCUUGGUGCAGCAAAUCUCCUCCAUCUGUGGCGGAUGCCAGGGCCAAGGGCAGCGCAUCAGCCAUCGAGACCGCUGCAAGGCCUGUGGGGCACGCAAGAUCGUACGCCAGAAAAAGAUGUUGGAGGUCCACAUUGACAAAGGAAUGAAGGAUGGCCAGAAGAUAGUUUUCCAUGGGGAAGGCGAUCAAGAGCCAGGCUUAGAGCCAGGCGACAUCAUCAUUGUCCUGGACCAGAAGGCACAUCCUGUUUUCACCAGACAAGGAGAGAAUCUCUUCAUGACCAUGGAUCUUCAGUUGGUAGAAGCACUCUGUGGUUUCCAGAGGCCCAUUCAAACUAUGGAUAAUAGAACUCUUCUCAUAACUUCCCAUCCUGGAGACUUGAUCAGGCCUGGAGAAAGGAAGUGUGUCCUGAAUGAGGGGAUGCCUCUGUACCGUCGGCCGUUUGACAAAGGCUGCCUUAUCAUUCUGUUCUCGGUUGUCUUUCCGCCAGAAAAUUUUGUGCCCCUUGGCAAGCUGAAGGAGCUGGAACACUACCUCCCUGCCAGGGAGGAGCCAAAAGAAGUUGAGGAUAUGGACGAUGACCUCUAUUUCUACGCUGACCUAGAGGACUGUGAGCCUCCAUGUACCAGGCGGUACUUUGAAGAACUGGAUGAGGAGGACUACCACCCCGGUGGAGGCAUCCAGUGCCAAACCUCAUAGAGCAGUUCUUUGAUCUCUUACUGGACAUUCUGAUGACUGCCAGACUAUUUGAGAUUCCACCACCCCUACUUUUUGCAGUACCCUAGGUUUAGGCAAAUCCGUUUUGAUUAAUGAAGAAAAAUCUGGAACUCGCCUUCUGAAAGAGGGUGUCUUUGCACAUGUGGUUGGGGGGGCAAGGAAAAUUAAUGUGAUUGUUUUUCUGUUUGUCAGAGAAUUGUAAUGCUCGUGGGCAUCAGCAUAGGGUUGUAUAUGGCCUCUGGAUGUGACUCAUUCAUAAUGUCCAGGUUUAACUGAGUUUAAUUUCAAAGGUACAAGUAUUCUUAGUAUUCAGGUCUUAAGGUUUUCUGCUGCUGUUCCUGUGGACAAAAGUAACUUUUAUUCCUCAUCAGUCAGUCCUAAAUAUCUUAAUUCCACUGGGAUUUCAAGUUUGCAUUAUGUGCCAAACUAUUUGCCAUUGGUUUUUUCAAAGCAGUAUGCUACAGUGUGAUACUUUUUAUUAAUUUUAACUGUCCCAGUUCAGUGGUCACUGUCACUGAGGUUUGUUCGGUUUUCCGUGCAGAAAUUUGAAAGUGUCCGAAUCCCAUGCAUUACCUCGUAUAAAUAAGGCUUCAAAAAGUUAUAUUUCUAUUGUUUGCUUUCAUUUCAUGCAUUUGAGAGGUUUCUGAAGAGACGGAGGCAUCACACUUAAGAAUUGGCUUCCUGUGUUGACAGUUCACUGUUUAACUGUCAAGUCAUUUAAGACAAACAGCUAAGCUGAAUAAUGAAAUGUUUUACAGAAUGUUUUGUGUAGCUCUGUAUUAGGACCAUUUUAUUUGUACCUAUUUAUAAUUAAAGCAAUGUCUUGUUCA